CAAAACACCCCCAACAGAUGGCCAUCCAGAUCCUUUUUAAAAACCUCCAAAUUAAAAAAAGAAAAUCAAAGCACAGCACAUACAUUCUUCAGCUCUGGCUUGCUGUCAUUCAUUAACAAAAUCCACUUGUGAGGAUUCUAGGGCGUUACUUAUAAACAAGUAAGAAAAACCAGGUGUACCCAGUCACAUAGCAUAAGGGGGUUCUACUUUAGAGCAAAAGGGACAUGCAGAUGUGGCCAUUUGUCUACUUUAAAAAGGACAGUCCUCCAUUUGAAGGUGUCCUCUAUUUCAAGGGCUGUUGGGUCCAAGUCUGGUUUAAAGAUGAAGAAACAUAAGAAGGGUCCUUGAAGUUGCCCAUGAAGAAUUGGCACCUGGACAGCUGAAUGGGGAGCAACCAAACACGUCCCCUGGUCACAACUUUCCACAGUAAGAACCUGGUACCAGAAGUGAAUGCAGCUGGAAAUAAAAUACCUACGGAGAACUUUAUGGAGAGAGAGUGUAUAAGAAGUACUCAGGAUGCAUCACUGUUGUUUAGAGGAGAGAAACUGGUAGGAGAGGACUAGGAAUCAAAAGAACCAGAUUGAAAAUGAAUGUUAUUCAAGAAAAAGUGUUCCUUCUGUGUGCAGGUGGUUUCUGUGGCAUAACACCAAAAGGAGGAUCUGUUCUGGCUGGUGUGUAUAUGAUUCUGAUGACAAAUAUGUAUCUUAUCUUUGAGAUUGGGCACCUAAACGCAUCUUUAUUGGUAUUGCAGAAGUUCGAGGCAGGACAGUUUGCUAGCAUAAUUUGGAAUAUUCCAUAUUACUAUUAUGUAGCAAUUGCCUUAGCCUUUAUAUCGUAUCCAAUAUGUAUAUACUUUCUCUAUUCUAUCCGGAAGCGAGACACAGUGGGACUAUUUAUUUACCUUACUUGGAUAGUCUUUUAUGAUGUAGCCAACUGCGUCAUUGUAGUGUUGACUAGCAGGGCUGCAAAGAGAGCUAAUUUUGCCAUCAGUCCUUUGGAAUGGUUUGGAUUGGCCACUAGGAUCCCCCUCGACUGCGUUUGGCUUUCUUUUAUUGUAGCUUACGCUAUGAUUAUUAUUGAAGGCAGAAGAACAGGGCGGAUGUCACUGAGGACAAGGAGGAUAUCAAAACAUGUGACAGAACCUCCCAAGUUUAGAUUGGGCGUCAAUACUAGGAGAAUCCAAUGAGUGGUCAGAUUAUCUUUUUGUGCAUUUUCUGGACACUGUACCUGUACAACUUGGGAGACACAAAGAAAUGUAUAACCCAUCAACCAUGUACUGUAUUGCCAUGAACUGUUUGCCUGAUUAGCCUCUUUGAUAUUUCUGCAUCCUGGAACUGCAGAAACAGGGAUUGUCAAGUACAUGGCAAGACACAGUACACAGCUAGUUGGAAUUGUUUGUUUCAUGAGCUCAAACUGAAAGACUAAUGUGUGCAUUUUUGAAUGCUGAGUGUUCUGUUAAGUGGUUUAACUAGUUUUUUUUAAUUACCUUAUCAAAUUGACCUGAUGAUAUUAAUAGAUGUAAUUUUCUGUCCAUUGUAUUUGGGGUUAUUUUAUCUCAGUUUCCUGUUUUACAUCAUUGAAUGUGGUGAAAUGAGAAUUGUGACCCUACAAUAUGGGGGCAGGAUGAUGGUUAUGUUUCUAGCCAAUAAUCACAAUUAUGUACCCUUGGAAAUCUGGAUUAUAUAUUGUGGUGGAGAAAUGUCGAGCCUCCAAUAAUGUAUAAAGCAUUGGGAGAUAUGUAUCUAUGCAUGUAUGUAUUAAAUAACACAGUGGGAAUC